UGCGAUUGUGUUGGGCUGCCUGGGCGUCCCGGGAGCGGCUGACCCUCUGCCUUCGGGGACCGGGGUCGCUAGGCGUCUGUCAUGGCGGUGUCGGAGAGCCAGCUCAAGAAAAUGGUGUCCAAGUUCAAAUACAGAGACCUAACUGUACGUGAAACUGUCAAUGUUAUUACUCUGUACAAAGAUCUCAAACCUGUAUUGGAUUCAUAUGUUUUUAAUGAUGGCAGUUCCAGGGAAUUAAUGAAUCUUACUGGAACAAUUCCUGUGCCUUAUAGAGGUAAUACAUACAACAUUCCAAUAUGCCUGUGGCUGCUGGACACAUACCCAUAUAAUCCCCCUAUCUGUUUUGUUAAACCUACUAGUUCAAUGACUAUUAAGACAGGAAAGCAUGUUGAUGAAAAUGGGAAAAUAUGUCUUCCUUAUCUACAUGAAUGGAAACAUCCACAGUCAGACUUGUUGGGGCUUAUUCAGGUUAUGAUUGUGGUAUUUGGAGAUGAACCACCAGCCUUCUCUCGUCCUAUUAUUUCAGCAUCCUAUCCACCAUACCAAGCAACAGGGCCACCAAAUACCUCCUACAUGCCAGGCAUGCCAAGUGGAAUCUCUGCCUACCCAUCUGGAUACCCUCCCAAUCCCAGUGAUAAUCUACAAAUACAAAGGUGGUCUUUGUAAUUUAAAAUGCAUGAC